UGUAUAUGUCAUUGUUGACAUUCUCUGUCGAAACGUGAGCGUCGUGAAACGUGAAAAAUCGUUGAAAAUGGUGCGCUGCAUAGUGAAAAACUGUGAAAAUAAUUGCAGAACAUGCACACCGGAGCAAGCCAAUUUUCAUAAAUUACCGGAUAACAAAAUAAUUCGUGAAGGAUGGUUUCGGAGCAUUGGAGAGGUUAUAUUGCCUUCGAACAUCGUUAACGCACGAAUUUGCUCCGUACACUUUACUCCGGAAUCUUUCAUUCAAUCGAAGAGAAAAAGAGGAGAAAAUAUUUUUAAAAGACGACUUUUGCCAACUGCUGUACCAACGUUGCAUCUGGUAACAACAAACGAACAGGCACAUGACAAAGGCAAUGUAAAUUGUAACAUUGUUAAGCGGACCUUUAAUUUGGUUUGUCCAUCAACGUCACCUCUAGAAGCAAUAAAUGCUGCAAGUCUGUUGCCUGUGCCAGGCCCAUCAAAGGAGAGAAUCUCAUCUGUUGAGCCGGAACUUUCAUCUUUGCUACGUUCAUCAACACCCGUAUCAAGGAUGAUGACAGAACCUUUGCUUGAUUUAGGUCUGCUGGAUAAGGCAGAUAUGACAGGUCAACAUGAAACUCCAACAACGUCAGUGUCUUGUCGAAAUCCUUGGCUGGAACCAAAUGGCAGGGUCAACCGUACACCAGAAGGGCCUUUUGAUUCGUUGUGCAACGUACGGAAUUCUACGUUCCCAACAAGGUGUGAAAGAAAGAAAGCUGUAUUACAUAGGCGCAGUGAACUUUCAGCCGUUCGUUAAAAACUCCGGAUACGAUUCAAAUUGGGUACCUGAGGAAGUGCUACAAUGCCUCGUUAGAACUCGCACAUACAUCAGAGUGAACGAAAUUAAUAAAAGAGAAAAUAUAAGAAAGGAAGAAAAAAGAAAGACAAAAAAGUUAAAAAAAAAUGAAUGUUUUUCCUGCAAAAAGAAAGCGCAAAUAAGCGCAAUCUCGUCUACUCGAGAAAAAACAAUGUACAAUAUAUAUAACGUUUGUAAUUUUGUAUUAAUUAUGUAAAUAUACUUGACAGAAUGAAA